AUGUAUAUCAAUCAGCUCAAGAGGCAGCUAGGUGCCCCUGGCAAUAUCCUACCACCUUCAGGGGACCCUGCAGGAGCAUCAGCGCCACCACCGGUUCAGGCCUGGGCUCCUCCCCCCGUAGUUCAACCUGCCCCUCCUGGUUCACAAGCCCCACCAGUGUGGUCACCGCCCGGCCAGGUCGUACCCGGCCGCCCUGCUAAACCCCCAGCUUCUGGCGACACAACCGCAGCAAAUCAGCUACCAAAUGGCGUCGACCCAGCUGCAUACAACAGCAUGUUCGGCGAGCCCACCCAGCCACUAGAUCUUGUUUCCGAUAAAGUACCAUCGACUCGCACUAGCACCCACUAUUCCCGAACUACAAAGGGUGACAUGGCAGCUGGGAUCCUCGUAUUAAUAUUCCUAGCAGGCCUGGCAACAUGGACGAUCGUCCACUACCGACGUCGGAAAAUGCGAAGAAACAAUGCAGAGGGCAAUGUGUCGAAAACUGAGCCGGCGGAUAUUGAGGGAAUCGUCCCUGAAGCCGAAGGUGGUGGGCAGUUUCGAGUUAAAACGGAAAUGCAGGAGGUCAAAGAGCCGGAACAACCGGAACCCGUGUACGGAAGUUUCCAGACGCACAGGAACGGGCGUCAAAAAUCCCAUCCGAUAUAUUCGAUACGAAAUCCGCGGCCUAAUCUUCGGAAAUCCAAGAGUGCUUCUCGCCCAGGAACACCUACUCCGCCUCUGAGCCCGGCGUUGAGUCCAGCGAAGGAAAGGUACUAUUAUCGAGAUCGAUAUCGUUGGAAGCCAUUUAAGGACAUAGGAAGAAGCAGUCGGGGGUAG